UUCACGGGGCAUAUGGUCCACUAUGAUUACCCAAAAGUAUUCCGUCUUAGUUGGAUUUGGGAAUCUAAAGCCUGCAUCGUUGAACGUGGCUGCCACCGCAGCAUCCACAAAAAGCCCAACCGCUAAACCACAGCCAUAACUAUAUAUCGAACAGGUAGUGGGCAUCUCGGAGUGGGCGAGUGAGGCCGGACAUGGCGGUGCGCAGCGAGUUCCUGCUCUUGUGUUCCGUGAUGAUCGCGUUGGUUCUGGUGGAGGGGGCGGAGGGGGGGAGACGGCCGCGGGCGGGGCUGGCGGGGCAGCUGCUGCGGUCGCACAACGCGGCGCGGGCCGCGGUGGGGCUGCCGCCGCUGGCCUGGGACGCGCGGCUGGCGCGGUACGCCGAGUCGUACGGCGGGAGGCGGCGGAGGGACUGCGCGCUGGCCCAUUCCGGGGGGCCGUACGGGGAGAACAUCUUCUGGGGGAGCGGGGCGCGGUGGCGGCCGGCCCAGGCGGCGGCGGCCUGGGUCGGGGAGCGCCGCUGGUACCACUACCGCUCCAACUCCUGCUCCGCCCCCGAGUGCGGCCACUACACCCAGAUAGUGUGGCGGAGCACCCGGCGGCUGGGCUGCGCCAUGGUGAGCUGCUCAGGGAGGAAGGGUGUGCUCGUGGUCUGUGAGUACGACCCCCCCGGCAACUACAUCGGGGAAAGGCCUUAUUGAUCCCCCUCCCCUCCCCACCACAUCGCCAUUGAUUUGACCUCCGUGUACAUUGCUCAUUCGAUGAUCGAUGGAAUUGCUUUGAUCCUUCA